CAAAUCGAACGGUUCUUAGUCGCUAGGGCAAUUCCGAUAUAACAGAGUUUGGAACAUUUCAUUUCGCUAUUUAACGGAUCGCGCGUCUCCGCCAUUAGGGUUCCUGGUCGCGCUGUCGGCUGCAGCUGCGUUUCGUGGGAGUUCGCGUUCCAGGCCUGGCAAUGGCCCCUCCUCAGCCGAAGACCGGUCUCUUCGUCGGCCUCAACAAAGGGCACGUCGUCACCAGGAGGGAGUUAGCUCCUCGUCCUUCCAGCCGCAAAGGGAAAACUAGCAAGAGAGUGCAUUUUGUUAGGAGUUUGAUCAGAGAAGUGGCUGGUUUUGCUCCUUACGAGAAGAGGAUCACUGAAUUACUAAAGGUUGGAAAGGAUAAACGUGCACUGAAGGUUGCAAAGAGAAAGCUGGGUACACACAAAAGAGCCAAGAAGAAGAGAGAGGAGAUGGCUAAUGUUCUCCGGAAAAUGAGGUCUGCUGGAGUGAGCGAUAAGAAGAAAUAAUGUGAUUGUUUGCGAGGGUGAGAUUUGCUAUAUCUCGGUAGGCAACCUCAGGUAAUCGAGUUGAAAUACCAUGUUUGGUUUUGCAAGAACUGUUCUCAGGCACAUCUUUUAUGUUUGCUGAAAAACAAUUUCUUUCGAAAGUUUAUUUUUUAAAGAAAAAGUAGAUUAUUUUCUA